ACUAAAGAGAUCUUAUGUUCAUAAUGAUGUCAUGCUUGCGGGACCCAAAAAAACAAAUCUUGAUUGAACCCAUAUUUGCCCAAUGGAUUCAAUCUGCUCAUGGUAAAACUUCAUAUGGGUUUGAUGUAUCUGGACCUUUAGAUCUAAGUGGGUCUAGAAAAUUCAGAUAUAAGGGUUGUCAAUAAAAUGCAUUUUAGUUUCCCUAUUUUCUUAAUCGGCUCUUAUCUUCUUCGUUCUAACUUGGAUUUCAAUUUUUUUUUUUUUUUUGCACAAAUGGAACGAGUUCGUUGUGCUCUACAAAAUGAGAUCAAUUUUCAAUAUAUUUCGAGAAUUUUUUUUACCAACUACAUACCAUAUGGUAACUUCUUCGUUUUUAAGUCGUUUUUGAAAACGUUUGCUCAGAAGGAACGAGUUCAUCAUGAUCUAUUGGAUCUAUAAAUUUCUGGGUGAAAAAAAUACUGGAUAAAAAUUAUCAUACUUUACCACUAUGGUAUGUUGGUGGUAACUUGUGGUAACUUGUAGUAAACAAUGAUGAAAGUAGUAAAUGACAAUUAGUAUACUCCUACUAUCAUGUAUUCAAUCUUCUUAUCAUAUUGGUAUGUUUAUACCAUCAUGAUACGCUUUCUUAUCAUAUGAUAUUAAAUAUGAGCAUACCAUAUGGUAAUGACUAGUAAAAAAUUAUUCAAUUUUUUGUACUAAAAAAAUCAAAGUGGAUAUUAUUUUGAAGAGCACAUUUAAUCUGAUUAAUCUGUGCAAAAAAAAUAAAUUUCGACUUAAAACGAGAGAGUAAUCGUCCGUUAAAGAUUAAAGGAGAAUAGAUAAAAGACUUUCAGGAGAGAGAAUACUGAUGUCAUGUUGAUGUGGACAGAUUAUUCAUAUUUACUGAUCAUAGGUUACUGAGUUAUCCUUCCCUUUUAGGAGUCUAGAGUUAUAACCUAAAGAAAAUACCAAUAGCACAUUUUGUACAUCUGACAUAUGAUCAAGUGCUUAAAUUAGUACCAAGAACUUCAAAUUUAACCAACUACAGUUACAACAGAAGAAAAGGCCAUGCAAUAAUCUUCCACCACAAAAAACUUCCAAAAAAGGGCAGUAAACAAUUAAUUUCCCGGUGGUGGCUGGCAACUGGCAAAUAACAACUGCAUAGAUGCAGAGCAUAGCCAUAGCCAAGCCGACCUUUCCUAUUUCCCCUUCUCUUCCCCUUCCGUUCGAUCAAAUCUCUUUUUUCUUUCUUUGUUUUUCGUCAUGUGUAGCCUGUAGGUCUCUUUUGAAACUUGUUUGUCAUGCAAAGCCCUUACCAGUCACGUCACCACCCUACGUGUCACUUCCUCACCCUUCCUCCCCUGCUUUAUAUUCCUCCCUCUCUCUAUACCUCUCUUAAUUCCCUUCCACACUACCCUCUCUAUCCCACAACUCAAAAGCAAUCUCAUCAAGCUCCAGAAUUCUUCAACAACAACAACAAUGGAUCGUACACACCCGCACCAAGUCCAGGUCCACUCCCAGUUCCCAGGCCGCUACGAAGGCGGAUUCAAGGGCGGCAGACCUGAUUACCAGCGAACCGGUCCGUCCGCUUCGACCAUACUGGCUGUCAUGACCGGGCUCCCAAUCGGUGGAACCCUCCUCGCGCUGGCAGGGUUAACCCUUUUUGGAACGCUCAUUGGACUGGCGGUGGCGACCCCUGUGUUCCUAAUCUGCAGCCCUGUCAUCGUCCCUGCUGCUCUGACCAUCGCGUUUGCAGUCACCGCUUUCUUGUCCUCCGGGCUGGUCGGGCUGACCGGUCUCACCUCGCUGUCGUGGUUUGCUCGAUACCUCCGGAUGGCGACGGAGGAGGUGCCUGGGCAGCUCGAGGAGGCGAGGAAGAGGGUGCAUGAUGCGGCAGGGUAUGUCGGGCAGAAGACCAAGGAAGUCGGGCAGGAGAUCCAGAGGAAAGCUCAGGAAACAAAACCAUGAAAAUGGGAAAUAAAAUAAAAAAAAGAAGGGUUUAUUUGCAUGUAAUGGAUUCAGUUCCAAUGUUGUUUUCUUUUUCCCGGUUUCCUGAAUGUUAAGAGGGAGAAUUUGAUGUUCUAGUUUGCUUCUUUUGGUUCUUUGGGGUUAAUUACUAUGUAUCUUCUUCACUGUUAUAUUACUACUUACUAAACACUACUCUGUUUC